CAACAGGAAACGGCGCAGGGUAUAGUCGUCACUUCAGUUAUACUGUUAAUGGAUUUCCGCUCUUUCCCACGUUGUUGCAUUCCGCUCCUCAUUGAUAACUUAAUUCGGUGGCCACAGCAUUUUACGAACUUUCUUCUUUAAAUUUACUUGUUGAAAUGAGGCCACUAACAGAUGACGAGACAAGGACGAUGUUUGAGAAACUCUCCAAAUACAUUGGUGAGAACAUCAAACUCCUGGUUGACAGACCUGAUGGAACAUAUUGCUUCAGACUCCACAAUGAUCGUGUGUAUUACAUAAGUGAGAGAAUCCUAAAGUUGGCUACAAACAUCUCCCGUGAUAAGUUGGUGUCAGUGGGAACUUGCUUUGGAAAGUUCACCAAGACCCUGAAGUUCCGUCUGCACAUAACAGCACUGGACUUCCUGGCACCUUAUGCCAAGUUCAAGGUGUGGGUGAAACCAGGGCAGGAGCAGUCAUUCCUGUAUGGUAACCAUGUGUUGAAGUCCGGUCUGGGGAGGAUCACAGAGAACACGAACCAGUACCAGGGAGUGGUGGUCUAUUCCAUGUCAGACGUACCCCUGGGUUUCGGUGUCGCCGCCAAGUCCACCCAGGAGUGCCGGCGGGUGGACCCGAUGUCCAUCGUAGUGUUCCACCAAGCCGACAUCGGAGAGUUCAUCAGGUCUGAGGACACGCUCACAUAGGGAGACCGUUUCUUCACCAACAUGUCACAGCUUUACCUCAUGGCCCUCUCCUCAGGGACUGCCGGAUGUUUCACGUUCUACUCCUGCGCUGGCAAAGCUGAUGUACACAUUGUAGUCCAGUCCGGCACACCUGAAUCAACUAGUCGGCUAAUGAUUGAAUUGGAUGUGCCAGUGUAGGACUUCAACAAGUAUGUACAUUAGAUGUGCCAGUGUAGGACAAGAAUGUCAGAGAUCUGGUUGUCCCUGAAGAGAGGUGUGGGAGGCCCUUUUCAACGGUUACGGUGAAGUAUCUCCCUUCUCAUCAACGAGGCGUGGUCACCAUGUUGCCAGGCUGGAAGAGAUGGCUGCCAGAUUGUUCCACAAGGCCCGGGACCUGGGUGGCUGGAGUUCAUAUGUGAGACCAGUCCAUGGGUCCUUUAAGAGUAACUCUUCUGUUUCCAAAUUUCAAUAAAACAUUACAAUUGAAUAACAGUAGCUAGGUUUCCAACAAAAUUAUGAAAGAUUGUGUUUUUAAAGAUGCAUGAAGGAAAAUUAGCAGAUUGGUGUAAGAGUGGAGAUGGGUAUUUUCAGGUGUGUGGCUUUUGUUUUUUUUGACAGCCAUUGCCUGAUUUGCCAAGGUUAACAACCUUUUGUCAAAUCUAAUGUGUGAUAUUCUUUGACUUUCACAAUUAUAAUAGAUGGUUAAGGGAAUUUAGUCUCAGGACAUGGAUGACCACAGGACGUGAAACAGGACAUGGAUGACCACUUAGGAGUACGUUAAAAAGUAAAUUUUUAAUUGGAACCUGAAUUCUGUUUUGUUCAUAUGAUUCAUUAGGGAUGGUGAUAAUUGUCACAUGCAUGUUACUGAAAUUAAAGUUGUCAAGAUCAAGCUAAACAAUGAAAUCUUUCACAUAUUUACAGUGUGCCUAUAAUUCUGGGGAGCACUGUGCCUUACCCCUUACAAACCGUAGAUGGGAGGUGGGGUUAAUGAGGGACUUUUGUAGACAAAGCAGCUUUUGAUUUUGAAUGAUGUUGACAUGUACCUAUAAAUACCAGUGUGAAUUCCAGACCAUCCUUCUCAAAGCAAUUACUUCAUUAAAACAGCAAGCUUU